CUUAGUUCUGUCAGUUGACAAUCGGGUCGAGUCUACUUUGCAUUCAACAAUCCUCCUGCAGUGGAUAAUUUUUUAUUCGACUUACAUUGUUUUGUUUAAUUGAGUUUUCAGGAUAGAUAAAAGUGAAUCUCAUAAACGUGGUCGUCGGCACUAGUGCUCAAGCUAAUAGUGUGGUGAUAAUGCGACAUUACUUUGAUUUGUAAGGCAGAAUGGAUCAAGCCAAUUAUCCACGCCGUGCCAGAGGUUCACGAUUUAAUCGGCCCCGUGAUCAAGCGUCGAGUAGUGGUAUAUCGCAAAAUGCAUCAAGAAACAAAGAACACAACGUCCAAAAUAAUUUAAAUGUUGGUUCGGGUCCAUCGGGUCAAUGAAAUCGUCGACAAGCAAAUCAAAAUAGCAGGGGUAACAGAAUAAGAAAGAUGGGAUUCAAAGCAUUGGAGGAGAUAUCUUUCACUGAUGCUAAAGAUAUACUUGCCAAGAUCAAUAUAAAUAGGGAAGCUUUCCUGGAUUUACUUAGUUCAAAUAUUGAAAGUAAUAAAGAUAUGUACACAUUAAUAGUAAAAACGAUGUCUAAAGUAUGCCAAUCAUCUUUUGACGAACUGAAACUAAGGCUGCUUUUAGAAAUAAUAAAUUCACAAUUCAUAGUCAAUCUAAGGAACUAUAUAAUGGAUUUACCUUUUACUGAACAAAAAGAUAAAAUAAAAAAUAAGUAUUACUGGACUAACCCUAAUCAAUUUUGGGAACAUCUAAUAGUCUUAUUUGAGUGUAUUUUCAACAUGGUCCCAUCUUUGGCAUUGCAAAAAUGUCGAUCUUUGAUAGAAGCUACGUCUAGACUGUGCCUAGAAGAACUUCAAACUAGACAUGAAUAUAAAUUAUCUGAAGAGAUCAAAGCAAAAUUCAUAGAAUUACGAAGUAGAAUAACUGAAUUUGAAAUUAAGGAGAAGGAAGACAAAAGCAAACCCAAAACCAACACGAAUAAAGAUGCAGAGGAAAACGAGCCGCCUGAAGACUUUCGGGAAUUGGGUGUGCUGCCCACCCAUCACGAUCUGCUUAAUUAUAAACCAUAUGUGCGCAAAAACAUUGUGAGCGGCGGUUAUCGAGACGCGGAGCAUUACCUAGAUGUCCAAUUCAGAUUACUACGGGAGGACUGUUUUGGACCCCUGCGCGACGGUAUAAGGCAAUAUAUAGAAGACAGAAACCGAAAGAAAUAUGAUAAUAUACGUAUUUACCAAAACGUUCGCUUUGAUGGACCUUACGUAAACAAAAAUAUAGUCGGAGUUAUCUUACAAUUGGACGACAAAAAUGUAAAAAGACUUAAAAAUAUUAACUGGACAUACAGCAAACGCUUUAUCUAUGGGUCUCUUUUACUAUUUACAAAAGAUUACUGCCACAGUUUCAUAAUAGCGACGAUCAUAGAUCGUGACGUAAAACUUCUAGCAGCAGGACGGAUACCAAUAAAUAUUAUAGAGCAGGCUGAUGUGCCCUCUAUUGCAAAUAUUCAGAAUGAAACCUAUCUUAUGAUUGAAAGUGAAGUCUACUUUGAACCGUAUCAACAUGUCCUUAAAGCUCUGCAAGACCGGAGUUUCUCGCGCAACUUGGCAAUGAGUAAAUACAUCGUAAAUGUAGAGCCUGAAGCACGACCACCCAAAUAUGUAACUGACUCAACAGAAUAUACAGUAGAGACAAACGGCUUGAGAAAACGCUUUAACGUACUUCAAACUUUAACAUGGCCAUCUCACGAAGACUUAAAUUUUAAUCAAAGCCAAUAUGAAGCUUAUAAAUUAGCACUCACUCACGAGUUUGCAGUAAUCCAAGGUCCUCCAGGUACAGGCAAAACAUAUAUUGGAGUGAAAGUAGCUGAAACUCUGCUAAAAAAUUUUUCGACAUACGGUAACAGUGAUUGUUUAAUGCUAGUUAUUUGUUAUACAAAUCAUGCUCUGGAUCAAUUCCUGGAGCAUAUUUUAAAAAUUACGAGCUCUGUUGUACGUAUUGGUGGCCAAUCAAGAAAUCCAGCCAUGGAAGCCGUUUCCUUAAAUUCAUUAAGACGAUCGAAAGGCAUUAAAAGCAAUCAUGCCGCGAAUAAUUUGUACUUUACCGAAAGGCAAAACUUAAGAUUGAUAACGGCUGAGCUACGAUCAGCUCAAAAUAACAUAGAUAAGUUGCGUGAUGGUAUCUUGUCAUACGAAUGUUUAGCAAAAUAUGUUCCUGAAGUCAAUAUCUUGCAGCAGUUUUAUGGAGCCAAUGGCGAUAUUAUAUUAAAAUGGUUAUUUGAACACAUGCCAAUCACAUUAGUAGAUCGUAUUGAAUUGGAACAGAAUGAAACUCAUGAGCAAGAAUUUUCAUUGGAUUGGAUGUUUGAAGAAGAUGACACAAGGAACACUGUUACCCACAAUGAUUUUUGGGAUACCGAAGAAAUAAACAUAUAUGGCAUAGAAUUAGAAACUACAUUGCUUCUAGAAGAUAUAGAACGAAAAUUAAGCCGCUUAAAAUCGAUCUAUAAGAGAAGUAAAUACAGACUUGAGAAGCAAGAUUUGUAUAAUCAAAUAUGUGAGUUGUACUCCCGCGUAUUAUUUUUCAAGGAAAUGCGAGACUCCUUCUCGGCACAUGGUGUACCUCGAGAAAUCAGACCGGGAGAAAAUAUGUCGCGAAUGCCGAAUGCUGAUAGAUGGCGAUUGUACUUUACGUGGGUAAACGAUAUAAUCCGUAUGUUCACGGAAAUGAUUAAACCUUUACAAAAAGAGCUGAAUUCCUCAUUGACUGCGUAUGAAGAAGCAAGAAUGAACCUGGACCUCAAUUUGAUAAAAGGUACAAAAGUGAUCGGAAUGACUACCAGUGGAGCUGCCAGGCUACGAAAACUGUUACAAACACUUGCGCCGCCGAUAGUUAUUGUGGAAGAAGCGGCAGAAAUUUUAGAACAACAUAUCGUCACGUCUCUAUCUUCGAGUUGCGAGCACCUAAUUCUUAUAGGUGACCACCAGCAACUACGGCCGUCGGCAGCAUACAUGCGUCUGGCACGUCAUUACAACAUUGAGGUGUCACUCUUUGAACGCAUGGUGUUGAAUGGUAUGCACAGUCGCAGGCUAGACGUUCAACAUCGCAUGCGACCUGAAAUAGCCGCGCUUAUAUCGCCGCACAUAUACCCUGACCUCGCCAACCACCCUUCGGUAGAAGCGUUUCCUCAUGUCCGCGGGAUUACGGCAGACCUGUUCUUUUACACGCACAACUUUAAGGAAGAGGCGGUAGAAGAUAGUGCCAGUCGUACAAAUCACAAAGAAGCAGACAUGACGCUUGGCCUGGCAAAUUAUCUAAUGCAGCAAGACUAUAAGCCUGAGGACAUCACUAUAUUGGCCGCUUACAGCGGACAAAUGUUUUACAUGAAAAAGCAACGCCCGAAUUAUGCUUUCCUUAGUAAAGUUAAAAUUACGGUAGUUGAUAACUACCAAGGUGAAGAGUCCAAAAUUAUUCUAUUAUCUUUGGUUCGUAACAACGAUCAAAAUAAAAUUGGUUUCCUUGAUAAAGAAAACAGAAUUUGCGUCGCCUUGUCACGAGCAAGGGAAGGCUUUUAUAUAUUUGGCAAUAUUAAAAUCUUGAAGGAUAACUCAACAUUGUGGACUAAGAUAUGUAAAACUUUGGAAGAUAUGGGUUCCAUUGGUACCAAUCUUGUACUACAAUGUGAAAAUCACCCAGAUCAAUUAUCGAUGAUAAAUACACAUGAAGACUUUCAAAAGGUUCCAGAAGGAGGUUGUCUUUUGAAAUGUAACUACAACCUGCCUGCUUGCGGCCAUCGUUGCCCUCGAAUAUGCCAUGGAUACGACAAGGGGCACUCUGAAGAAAAGUGUCAAUUAAAAUGUGAAAGGGUGAUCUGCGAACUCGGACACGCAUGCCCAUUGAAAUGUGCUCAGAAAUGCAAACCAUGCAUAUAUCUCGUGGCGAAGACCUUACCAUGUGGGCACACUAAGCAGGUGUAUUGUAAUCAAGAACCUAACGAUCCCACGAUAAAGUGCAACACUCCAGUUGCUGUCACCCUGCGCUACUGUGGACAUGAGACGAAAAAGCCGUGUCAUCAGAAUAUAGAGACAGUCAUUUGCAUGGUGCCCUGUGUUUUCCGCGUGGAGGGUUGCGGCCACCAAUGCCGGCGUCGAUGUCAUGUCAACGACGAUCCCGACCAUGAGAAGUAUUUAUGUCUAAAACCAUGCGCUAAAGCAAAGAAUGGCUGCACAGCCAACCUGAGCAGCGAGCGCGGAGAUCACCAGUGCUCUAGGAAAUGCCACGAGACCUGUGAUGACUGCAACGUCGAAGUAAUGAAAAAGAGAUCAAACUGCAAGCAUUCAGAACGAAUUGAAUGUUGCAAAGACGUCAACGAAAAGCCCUGCCGCAAAAACUGUGCCAGGACAUUGCCUGGAUGCAAUCACUUCUGCAAGAAAAAGUGCUACGAACCCUGUGGCGAUUGCAACCAAAAGGUCAAAACAAUAAUACCAGAUUGUAAUCACACAAUAGAAGUAUUAUGUAAAAUAGAACCAAAGCGUGAAAUGUGCAAGGCGCAAUGCGAGCGAAUGAUGGCCUGUGGUCACAAAUGUCGCAAUAUUUGCGGUUUACAGUGCGACGAAAAGACCUGCAUGGAAAUAGUGAACAGGCAGUUUGAUUCACCGUGCGGCCACAAAGUCAAGCUGCCUUGCAAAGUAUUUUCACAGUUAAUGCAAGGUUCCAUAGAUCAGGAGGCCUUUAUGAAUUAUUGCAAUGAGCCGUGUAACAUGACUCUGAAAUGCAACCAUUUUUGUCGUGGCACGUGUUCGUUGUGCCUACAGGGCCGGCUGCAUGCGCCUUGCACACAGCCUUGUCACGUCACAAUGAUUUGUGGACAUCAAUGCGAAGAACCUUGUAAUCAGUUGUGUCCACCGUGCAAAAAGCCCUGCGAAGUGAAAUGUGCUCAUUCACGUUGCAAUAAAAUUUGCGGUGCACCGUGCGUGCCCUGUCAGGAGGAUUGCAACCAGUCGUGCGCGCACGGCGCGUGCUCGAGGCGGUGCGGGGAGCCGUGCUCGGUGGCAGCGUGCGACGCGGCGUGCGCGCGCCCGCUGCCCUGCGGCCACCCCUGUCGCGGGCUGUGCGGCGAGCCCUGCCCCGACAUCUGCCACCAGUGCCGUCCCGACACCUUCCCCAAAGACUUCCUCGGGUACGACUUCGACGACGAUGCCAAAUUUAUCCAGCUCCAAGACUGCUCGCAUAUUAUGGAAGUUGAAGAUGCUGACAACUUAAUGAAAAGUGAUAAAGAAACGGUCGCAAUCCGUUCUUGUCCUUUCUGCCGUAAACCAAUUAUUAAUACUUACCGUUAUAAAGAUUUGAUAAACGAAAUGUACAAAAUGGAGAUUAACCCAAUAAAGGAACGAGUGUAUGGAACCAAAGCGCAAGUGAUUGAGAAAAGUAAUAAGCUGAAAGAGGCUCUUACUGACUUUCUGGAGACUCAUAAAAUAACAUUAGAAGGUAAUUCACAUUUACGUAAAGUUUAUGAAAAAAUACUCCAUACAUUUACUAAAGAAAAAAAGCCCUCCGUUUUGCAAAUAGACAUAUAUUUUAUUAACAUAGAUAUAUUAGACAUGAUUGUAAAUUAUUACAAGAAGUUUGAAGUUGCAAAAUUAAUCGAAUUAAAGGAGGAUUUUCUAAAGCAAAUAAAGAUGCUAUGUAUUUUUCUAAAAAACUGCACACAGAAAGUAAGUCAACAGCAACAAGAAGACAUAGGUCGUGAAUUAAAUCGGAUGAACUCUAUGAUUCAACUGUCUAAAAUUAUAAGCCAUCCAACUUACAAAGCUGCAAAAUCUGAGCUGAAAAUAACGAAAGCUUUUGUAGAAGCGAAAUCGAGUGUUAUUUCUUUGGCAAUAUACCAAGAAGAUAUGGCAAUAUUAGCUCUAAAUCAAUUACAGGAGGCGGUGAAAUUAAGUGGUAUAAUUUCCAAAGCUGAACGUGACUUGGUAGUUCAAGCGAUUGGGCUUAAACAAGGACACUGGUUUAAAUGUCCGAAUGGGCAUUUCUACUGCAUUGGCGAAUGUGGCGGAGCAAUGCAAGAGAGUAAAUGUAUUGAAUGUGAAGCAGCCAUAGGGGGGCAAAAUCACAGACUUUUGUCCAGUAAUACCCUUGCUAAAGAAAUUGACGGUGCACGAUUUGCUGCAUGGUCGGAAGAAAACAACAACAUGGCCAAUUACGACUUAAAUUUUUAAGUGUUUUUUUUUCGAGUGAAACUAUUAAGAUUUUAUGACUAAGUGUUCAUUCACUUUAUUUUGGUGUUUAUUCUUCUACUGGCGAUUUUGCAUUAAAUCUCUGUUACUUCUAAGUUAUGUUCAUCAAUGGCAUUUAGCUCAUGUUACAUUAAAUUCAAUAUAUUUUUAAUCUAAGAGUAGCAUUUAUAUGGCCCAGCGACUGUGAAGGAGGUACUUAUAAUUUCUAAAGUUCCAAUAGGUUUCAUUCAUUGGUAUCCUUCUUACCCCAUUUCUAAAUGUCUUUCUCAUUUUAUUAUUAAAGUAUAGAACGAUGGUAAUACAGUGUGGCCUUAUAAUCUAAGAGUGUGGCCGUAAAAAUAUUUGAAUUAUUUAAUUACUAGUAUGUAAGAAUUUAUAUCAUUGAUUUUGAGUCCAUUAAAGUUGCAUUUUUAUUAUAAUAUGGUUUUAUUAUUUUACUGUGAUGUUGCG